AAACAUAAUUCUGAAGCGAACACACAUUUCAACAGACAUAUUUGGUAACAAAUCGAGAUUAUUAGUGCAAAGAUAAGCGAACAAAUUCUGUUGAGCAAACCUAUUUGAAACAGACUUUGCUGUACGUGUACGCGUUUUGUGAUCAUUGUUCGACGUAAAACGAUAAAGUCGUCGUGUUAGCACAUAUUUAUUAUUCAGUCAUGUCGGGACGUUGUGUCCUUCGUGUUCUUGUAUUAGUAACGUGUUCAACACUGUGUUCUACGCAGAACAGUUGUGGUCAUUCUCAAAUGACGGAAGAAAUCCCCAACGAAAAGUCGUUUGGACGGAAGUUACGUAAAUCGUACAAGAGCGCCAAAAGCCGAUUGGAGUGUGCUCGACUCUGCUACAACGACGAUCGAUGUAACGGGAUGUUGGUCUGUCCGGGCGUCUGUCACCUGUUUGGAGUGUUCAAUGUUGCCCAGUCACCUGCCUCGGGCAUAGACUAUCUCAGUUGUGAUGUGUUUAACAUGAAUCGAUGUGAGAAUAACGGAGUCCCAGACGACAGUGGUUACUGCAGCUGUACUCGGGGUUACGGAGGUCCGUUCUGUGAUACUGUCGUACACGAUUUGUGUUAUCAGCAAUGGCAAAUCAUUUACGAAAAUCCUCAAAGUUUUAACGCACUAUACCUGGCUUCAAAGAAUUCCUGUUCGAUAAAAACAAAAUACAUCAGCGACAGCAAAAUACACGCAAUAAACAGUUUCGGUGUUUCGGGUGACAAGACCUGGGCUCAGUCGCUGUUUCGUCUCAGUAAGUCAUCUUGGAAUACGUUUGAUGCCAAUCCUCAAAGAAUGUUUAACAUUACCCUGAACGCGAAAUAUCAAACUGUGGUCGCAUUUGACAUAGAGGGAAAAAUAGUGCCGGACUCUACAGAAGAGAUCACAGCCUCCUGGUACGUGAAAAACUUCUCAAAUGUGACGCCAUUCUUUGAAAAUGACGCCAGUGGAGCAGUCGUCACGGGUGAUCUGGACGUCCUUGUUGCAAAAAUCCGAGGAGGCUCUGCCAUAGUAUCUCUUCCAACUGUGUUUGUAAGUGAGAACUCAAAACAGGUAGCUGGGGGUGGUUUCGACCGCCUAGCAAAGACCAUCACAUCAACAUAUGCAUCAUUUUCUUUGAAGCCAUUCUGGUUUCUGUACAGAUACACUAGCAGCGGCUCAAAGCAUGUUCUUCGCUGGCAUGUUGGGGAAGGAAGUUACAAGUCAAACAAGACGAACCAUGUGCCUAACACUUGGUGCACCGAUGAUUGCUGGAUUAAGAUAUUCACUGUAGAUCAGCUUGGCAAAGGAGUCCACGGCUCUACCACCCAGUUGGCUCGUGCUCUUCUUAGUGGUCACCGACUUAGAGUCUAUACAAUGGGACUCGCUGCUAAUACCAAAACUAUCUACAUUCAUAAUGAGACCAUCACGGCAUGUUUACAAGACAUGAUGGAACCCACUGGCGUCGAUAACCUCGAUCAAUCUGGAACGGCUGAAAGGGUUAUGACAUCGUCCAGUGGUCAAAUCCAGAUUCGCGCAUACACGUUUGAAACGGACACGAUAAAAAAUGAUACACAGGUUCAGAAAAACAUAGACUGGUUUGUGGACACGCGUGAAUGGAUCCAGGUUCUCUCUGUGGCACGCGAUGGGCAGACUCUGAGUGGAUCAGUUGCAGACCUGCGUGAGAAGGUUCUGGUGGGUGCCUCAGUCCGUAUAGUCGUAGAGUACACAAAUGGGUUACGUCAAAUAGUGGAUGCUGAUCACCUGGAACUGUCGUCUGCUGGUCACGUGGCUGCUGAAAUAAUCUACAACACCAACGUGGAGUUUGGAGAGAAUUACAACAUCGCCUUUGCCGCUGCAUCGUUUCACCAUCUCUGGUCAGCGAUCAUAACAACAGAGGGCGACUUUAACAAGUAUCUGUACACGUACAAGAAAACUGGCGGUGAGCAUAAGACUGUGUCACAUGUUGACCGAUUCACCUGGCUUAUUCAGAUGUGAGAUGGUGCUAACACUGGGAUCUAGUGACGAUGUCUAACCGUUUGUCACCAACCUCAACAGUAGUGAGAAACUUUAUAAAGGUACUGGUGUGCAUACAAAUGACCGAGCUGAACUGUUCAGCAACCUAUGAGCAACCUUCGAAGACAAAUCAGCACCAGUUAGGUCUAAUCACUGAGCUACUCUCGGCCUACUAAAUUCCAAACCUAUUCGUAGCUCCCCACAUAUCCUGUUAGAUCGACCGUUCCAAAUUGCGCCUACAUUCCUUCAUCAAAAUUGCGCACCCUUUCUCUUUGGCUUAAUCCUACGGGACAUUCCAAAUUCCAUAGCACCAUAUCACCCUCCGCCUGCCACGGACCACGGUCGGACUGCUGGUGCUCUCUUGCACCUGUCAGUGCAGGCGGUCCCUUCUCCUACUCCCCCCCCCCCCCCCCCCCACACACACCUCACCUCUUUCCUGGACAGAUGAACCGGUAGAAUGUUUUAUUAAAGUUACUUUGUUUCCUUUAACGAUACCACUGGAGCAUAUUGGUUGAUUAAUCAUUGGUCAUUUUCAACUCGUAAUCUUAGAUAGUACAUACCAUGACCUUUGUUACACCAGUUGUGGAGCACUGGCUGGAACCCGAAAUAGCCUAAAAGGCCCAUCGACAAGUAUCGAUCAUAAACCGACUUGCCUAUUAGGCAACCAAUCGUUUUUGGGUCUGGGGUUGUUUGUUGGGGUUUUUUUAUGGGGGUUGUGUGUGUUUGUAUUUUGUUUUGUGCUUUGUGCUUUUUGGUUGGUUAUUGUUUUUUGUUUUGUUGUUGUUGUUUAUUUGUUUGUUGUUUUAGUUGGGUCUUUUAACGACACCACUAGAGCACAUUAAUUUAUUAAUCAUCGGAUAUUGAGUGUCAAAUAUUUAGUAAUUUUCACAUAGAUUGUUGUGGUGAUAAUGAAUUCUUGAAGGUAUAACACCCGUGUCGUUAGUUUGUGUCUGGGCCUAAUAAAAAUUUAAUGUGCUAGAGUCUUUUAAAUUCCACUCACAAUUAAAAGAAAAUUAAUUUAAACAUUUCGAUUUGUACACAUAGUUUUAAAUUAUACAAGUUUAUAUUCAUUUUUAUAUUGUAUUAUAUUGUUGUCACAUCUCUUUACAUUCGUUUUACAUAAUUAUAUAACUUUAAAUUUUUAAUGUAAAUAAUCAUAUCCAUAUACAUACCUUUGCUUGACGCCUAAUGGUCGAUAUGUAUAUUUGUGCUGGGUUGUCGUCAAACAUUCAUACAUACAACACAUUCAUUUAGGUCCGAUUCAGUAAACAGUGCCCAAUUGUUCAAAGUAUAGUUUAAAUGAACACUGGUUUAGUCUAAUAUUAAUCAUUUUAAUUAUGUUUGCAUAAAUACAAAAUACACUUUGGAUUUGAAUAUAUAUGGAAACUUCAUUGUUCUAAAUCAAGUUUCAACAUUAGUUUUCAACUGUUAUUUGUAUUGAUUCAGACCUUGGUUUUGAAAAUGUGUUGUAACCACUGGUUAAGCUAACUAACCUUUGACCACCUGGCCCCAGGUCUUCGUGGAGAGAAAACAGAUUCAGUUUUCAAAUAUUUAAUUAACCAGUACAAGUAAGUCCAUACUGGUUUCAAGUUUGUUUGGGUUUUUUGUUUGUUUGUUGUUGUUUUUAAUAAAUAAUAAAUAAAAUAAC